GGCAGUAGCAGCUGGCACCUCCCGGCGCUGCCGCUGUCCGGAGGGUCACGGGGCAACGCGGCACCUUCCAGCCGCCCUCCGGCCAGCCUAUCCGAAGCUGCGGAGGCUGCCGAUGGGUGAGAACGGGGCAGCAAGAUUUCAGGCUCUCCUGCCCUGACUGCUUUCAUUCUGCUGCUGCCGCUGGGGUGCUUUGGUAGUGCCUGAGAACUCUGAGAAGAGACGCGGGAGGAGAGCAAGGAUGCUGCUUCAAACUUGCGCUGUGGAGGCUUGAGCCUCCGCUUCACAGCGGGGGCUCAAUUCAAGCCUAGAAGUUUAGCGAGCGGUGCAAUCCAAAGACUUCCUGCUCCGGAGGGUCGCAGGAGGGUGCAGGAGAAAGCAGUCUCCGCCAUCGCCACCCCUUCCUCCCCUUCCUUCAAGGGGCGUGAGGCUCGGAGGAGCCCAAAGGUGUGCAGCAGCCGUCCAGGACAGCAGACAACAGCUCGGAGCCACUGUAUCCAGCUGGAAAGUUGAGUUUUGGAGGCCAGUCGAGAGCGGACAGACCACAGAUCAGGCCAUGGGAGGCAGGAGAGGACAGUACCCAAUUGCCACCUACCUUCAACCAUAGUAGUUUCUCUCCUUCCAGAGGGCAGCGAGCUACAGACACGGGGCGCGGGGACGCGUCACAAAAGAGGCACAGGGUCUCGGCUGCUAAGCCCAGUGCACUUCAGGGUUUCUUGACACGUCCCUGAGCUUUCAGCCCCGUUUUAUUGAGACUCCUGCUGGCCUCCGUGCAGUGGGAGGAAAGCGAGAGAACCGAGUGCACGCAUAAUUCCAUAGAAAUCAGGUGGAAGGAGCCUUCAGGACCAAGGACUGUUUGGAGCCUCUUCUCAGUUGGGAAGAGAAGGGCGAGGCUGGAUUCUGGAGAGUCGGGAGCCUAAUAUAAAUAACCUUUCUGGCGGGAUGGGAGCCAUAGGACUCUUAUGGCUGCUGCUGCCUCUGCUUUCAGCGGCAGCCUCUGGCCCUGGGACGGAGACCGGGACCAACCAGAGCGUGGGCUCACUGGCCAUGGGGUCUGCGCUGCAGCCGCGGGAGCCGCUUAGCUACUCGCGCCUGCAGAGGAAGAGCCUAGCGGUGGACUUCGUGGUGCCCUCGCUCUUCCGCGUCUAUGCCCGGGAGCUGCUGCUGCCGCCGCCAUCCUCCCCCUCGCAGCCAAAGGCUAGCCGGCUGGAGGCGCGCAGCUCGCUGGCUCUAGAUUGCGCCCCAUUGCUUAGGCUAGUGGGGCCACCCCCCGGAGUUAGAACCGCGGGAGCCAGCUCGCCAGCCCCGGCACGGACGCUGUCCAGGGUGCUGAAGGGCGGCUCGGUUCGCAAGCUACGGCGGGCCAAGCAGCUGGUGCUAGAGUUGGGAGAGGAGGCGAUUCUUGAGGGCUGUGUCGGGCCCCCAGAGGAGGCGACUGCAGAGCUGCUCCAGUUCAACCUCAGUGAGCUGUUCAGCUGGUGGAUUCGCCAUGGCGAAGGGCGGCUGAGGAUCCGCCUGAUGCCUGAGAAGAAGGCGUCGGAAGUGGGCAGAGAGGGAAAGCUGUCAGCAGCGAUCCGCGCCUCUCAGCCCCGCCUUCUCUUUCAGAUCUUCAGGAUGGGUCACAGCUCCUUAGAGUCACCGACAAACCUGCCUUCUCCUGUUCCUGAUUCUUUUGCAUGGAAUCUGACCUGGAUAAUGAAAGAUUCCUUCCCUUUUCUGUCUCAUCGCAGCCGAUAUGGGCUGGAGUGCAGCUUUGACUUCCCCUGUGAGCUGGAGUACUCCCCUCCACUGCAUGACCUCGGGAACCAGAGCUGGUCCUGGCGCCGUGUCCCCUCGGAGGAGGCCUCCCAGAUGGACCUGCUGAACGGGCCCGAGGCAGAGCAUUCCAAGGAGAUGCCCAGAGGCUCCUUCCUCCUCCUCAACACCUCAGCAAACUCCAAGCAUACCAUCUUGAGCCCGUGGAUGAGGAGCAGCAGUGAGCACUGCAGGCUGGCCGUCUCCGUGCACAGGCACCUGCAGCCUUCCGGGAGGUACGUCGCCCAGCUGCUGCCCCACAAUGAGGCUGGAAGAGAGAUCCUCCUGGUACCCACUCCGGGGAAGCAUGGCUGGACGGUGCUGCAGGGAAGAAUUGGGCGCCCAGAGAACCCGUUCCGAGUGGCCCUGGAGUACAUCUCAAGUGGAAACCGAAGUUUGUCUGCAGUGGACUUCUUUGCCCUGAAGAACUGCAGUGAAGGGACAUCCCCGGGCUCCAAGAUGGCCUUGCAGAGUUCCUUCACUUGCUGGAAUGGGACAGUCCUCCAGCUUGGCCAGGCCUGCGACUUCCACCGGGACUGCGCCCAGGGAGAAGACGAGGACCAGCUCUGCAGUAAGCUCCCUGCUGGUUUCUACUGCAGUUUCGAGGAUGGCUUCUGUGGCUGGUCCCAAGGAACACUCUCACCCCAUGCGCCCCAGUGGCAGGUCAAGACCCUAAAGGAGGCCCGGUUCCAGGACCGCCAAGGCCACGCCCUGUUGCUCAACACCACUGAGGUCCCCACUUCUGCGAGUGCUACCGUGACCAGCUCCACGUUUCCCGCACCGAUGAAGAACUCUCCAUGCGAGCUCCGAAUGUCCUGGCUCAUCCAGGGAGUCUUGCGGGGAAACGUCUCCUUGGUGCUGGUGGAGAACAGAACCGGGAAGGAGCAGAGCAGGAUGGUCUGGCAUGUUGCCACAAAUGAAGGCCUGAGCCUGUGGCAGUGGACGGUGCUGCCUCUUCUUGACGUGACUGACAGGUUCUGGCUGCAGAUUGUCGCAUGGUGGGGACAAGGAUCCAGAGCCACCGUGGCUUUUGACAAUAUCUCCAUCAGCCUGGACUGCUACCUCACCAUCAGUGGGGAGGACAAGAUGCUGCAGAAUACAGCACCCAAGUCAAGAAAUCUGUUUGAGAGAAACCCCAACAAGGAGAUGAAACUCUGGGAAAAUACACCAAGAGAGACCCCCAUCUUUGACCCUACAGUUCACUGGCUAUUUACCACGUGUGGAGCCAGUGGGCCCCACGGCCCCACGCAGGCCCAGUGCAACAAUGCCUACCGGAACACCAACCUGAGCGUGGUGGUGGGGAGCGAGGGCCCCCUCAAGGGCAUCCAGACCUGGAAGGUGCCAGCCACCGACACCUACAG